CAGACAUACAGCUAGAGAAGCAGCUGGUCAUGGGGACUUGCCCAAUCAAAGUAUGGUCCAAUAUGCCAACUCUGAAGAAUCCAACUGAACCUGCAAUGCCCAUGGUGGUAUCCCUCUAUGACAUCCCCUCCCAAGGUCCCUUGGAAUCCAGCAUCCAUAUAGGGGAGAGGCUCACGGUGUUAUUAGACGAUGGGGAUUUUUGGGUGGUGCGAUCCACAACGACAGGCAAUGAGAGUUAUAUCCCCAGCAACUACACUGCCAAAGUAAUUAACAGGUGGCAGUAUCAUGGCAUCAGCAGGUUGAAUGCAGAGGAGCUGCUGCUGCUGUCACACAAUCACACAGGGGCUUUCCUGAUCCGAGAGAGUCAGACAAACACAGAAACCUACUCCCUCUCAGUCCUUGUGAAGAAGGACUCAUAUCUGGCCACAGUGAAACACUACCGCAUCUGUCGCCUCCAAAACGGCUGGUUCUACAUCUCCCCCAGCCUCACCUUCUACUCCCUGGGCCAAUUAGUGGAACACUACUCUGAGUCAGCAGAUGGGUUGUGCUGUUUACUGAGGGAGCCUUGCAUCAUCCAAGGCUCAAACAAAAGUACCCUGACCACCAGACCGUAUCCCAAAGCUAUCAGGAGGCCCACACUCAACUGGAAUGACGUAGACAGUUCAAUGAUCUUCAAUAAGGCCAGAGUGGAUUCAGAGGACUCUCUAGUGAGCGAAGGUCUGAGGGAGGCCGUCAGCUCAUACCUCUAUAUGACAGAGGCCAGCUGCCAGAACUGUGGCAAACACUGGGAUACAUGAGGAAAGGGAGGACUAUGAGAGUAAAAUAGCCAGACAUUAUGCUGUCUGGUCUGCUGUUGUGUAGGUGUAAUGGUACUAAGCCAGAAAGGAUGAGCCUACCAUUUACAACCACAAUGAAAAAAAUGAAAACUACAAGCACAAUCAAUGUUUUGAUGGUAGAAUGUGUGUUAGGGUUCAGGUAGCCACAGGGAAGCCAUGUUAUGUGGCACUUCUCAAGUCUUCUAAUGCUGUAGCUGUGCAUGUGCUCAAGAGCACAUUUCAGAGGCUGGAACCGAAAGGUAUUAUCUGUACUGUCUUUGGUAUUAUGAUGUGAUGAGCACUUCCUUUCAGCUCUAGGAAGGUUCCAUUCUGCUUGUCCACACAGAAAUGCCCAUGCAUUGGUCUAUUUUAUUUUUUUUACCAAAGAAGGAAGAUCACUGAACGACAAGAACGUUUUAAUUGUACUAAAUGUUGAAUCGAUUGUUAGUUUGGUCUGCAAUCUGUUACUCUGCAAUCCAUUUGUAUAUGAAUGAAAUGCCAUGUCUGAACUAACUUGAAACGAACUCUGACUUUUUAGCGCAUUUGGCUCGU